AUGCUCCCCUCCCUGCAUGUGACUCCCCUCCCCUCCCUCAACCUCACCACCCACCCCAUCCCCCCACACUCGCACCUCCCCAACUGCCCACCCCCCUCCCCACCCCUCUACAUCUACCACUCCGCCUACCCCCCUUCCACCUCCCCCUCAGCUCUAGAAUCCCACCUCCGCACAAACAACCUCGUCCCCCAAUGGCGCUACACCAUGUACCAAACCACACACUACCACAGCACAACCCACGAAAUCCUCUGCGUCUACCGCGGCGCCGCGCGCCUGUGUUUCGGCGGGGAGGAGAAUCCAGGGAGGGUGGAAGCGGUGCUCAAGGCGGGGGAUUGCGUCGUGCUGCCCGCGGGUGUGGGUCAUCGCCUUUUGGAAGAUUUGAGUGGGGACGACGGGGAUGGGGAGGAGGGGUUCAUGAUGAUCGGGGCGUAUCCGCCGGGUUGUAGUUGGGAUAUGUGUUAUGGGAGGGAAGGGGAAGAAGCGAAGGCUGAAGCGGUUAAGAAGGUCAAGUGGCUGGAGAAGGAUCCAUUGUAUGGGGAUGAUGGACCUGUGUUAUGGGGCGAGGAGAAGCUGAAACAGCAUCAAUCGGAGCUUGCGAAGAAGAAAACGAACGAAAACGCCUAG